CAGCAACAAGGGGGAAUCAAGCAGGCAGGGCGCCAGCAACCAGGAGAGAGAAGGGGUGGUGUCGUCGCUCUGCAGGGUGGGGCAUCCCCCUCCCCACACAGCCCAAGGCUGAAGUCAGGCCAGUGGGAGGAGCUGUCAUGCCCCCCCACACCCCCUCCCCGGAGGCCGCAGGGCUAUAAAGCCGCCCCGCAUCGGUCUGCAGCUCCUUGCCACCCGGCCUAGUUCUGCCAAGCGCUGAAUGCCAUCUUCCGCCAGCAUGAGCCAUCAUCACUCGUCGGGCCUGCGGUCCAGCAUCAGCUCCACCUCGUACCGCCGGACCUUCGGGCCGCCGCCCUCACUGUCCCCCGGGGCUUUCUCCUACUCGUCCAGCUCUCGCUUCUCCAGUAGUCGCCUGCUGGGCUCGGGGUCCCCGAGCUCCUCGGCACGGCUGGGCAGCUUUCGUGCCCCUCGAGCGGGGGCCCUGCGCUUGCCCUCGGAGCGCCUCGAUUUCUCCAUGGCCGAGGCCCUCAACCAAGAGUUCCUGGCCACUCGGAGCAACGAGAAGCAAGAGCUACAGGAGCUCAACGACCGCUUCGCCAACUUCAUCGAGAAGGUGCGCUUCCUGGAGCAGCAGAACGCAGCCCUGCGCGGGGAGCUGAGCCAGGCGCGGGGCCAGGAGCCGGCGCGUGCCGACCAGCUGUGCCAGCAGGAGCUGCGCGAGCUGCGGCGCGAACUGGAGCUGCUGGGCCGGGAGCGCGACCGGGUGCAGGUGGAACGCGAUGGGCUGGCGGAGGACCUGGCGGCGCUCAAGCAGAGGUUAGAAGAAGAAACCCGCAAGCGAGAGGAUGCGGAGCACAACCUGGUGCUCUUCCGUAAGGACGUGGACGACGCCACUCUGUCCCGCCUAGAACUGGAGCGCAAGAUUGAGUCUCUGAUGGAUGAAAUUGAGUUCCUCAAGAAGCUACACGAAGAGGAGCUUCGAGACCUGCAGGUGAGCGUGGAGAGCCAGCAGGUGCAGCAGGUGGAGGUAGAGGCAACAGUGAAGCCAGAGCUGACCGCGGCGCUGAGGGACAUCCGUGCACAGUACGAGAACAUCGCGGCGAAGAAUCUGCAGGAGGCAGAGGAGUGGUAUAAGUCGAAAUAUGCUGACCUGUCCGACGCCGCCAACCGCAACCAUGAGGCCCUACGCCAGGCCAAACAGGAGAUGAAUGAGUCCCGACGUCAGAUCCAGAGUCUGACAUGUGAGGUGGACGGGCUGCGCGGCACGAACGAGGCGCUGCUCAGACAGCUGCGGGAGCUGGAAGAGCAGUUCGCCCUGGAGGCUGGAGGGUACCAAGCCGGGGCAGCACGGCUAGAGGAAGAGCUUCGACAGCUGAAGGAAGAGAUGGCGAGGCACCUGCGAGAGUACCAGGAGCUCCUCAACGUCAAGAUGGCCCUGGACAUCGAGAUAGCCACCUACAGGAAGCUACUGGAAGGGGAGGAGAGCCGGAUCUCAGUGCCGGUUCAUUCCUUCGCCUCUCUAAGUUUAAAGACGACUGUGCCUGAGGUGGAGCCUCUCCAGGAUAGCCACAGCAAGAAAAUGGUUCUGAUCAGGACAAUCGAGACCCGGGAUGGGGAGGCUCCUCAUCUCCCGCAAGAAGUGCCCAUGCUUCCCGGAAUGGUUCCCAAAACCCGGCCGUGCACUACGUUCAGAGAGAGCGUGGUCAACAGUGGGCUCGAUGGCCAUCCUUUCCCACAAUUCCGCGGCCUUCAUGAGGGGCCUGCCCUCGGCUGGGUCCAGAUCUCGCGAGAGUACGGUAAUGCCCGUUGCAGCCCAGACUGGCCUUCCCGGGCUUCAGAACAGCAUCCUCCCUGGCUUUCCCCCUCAUCCUGCCACUCGCGCUCCGUCUUCGGAUUGGCGGAGAGAGCCGGUCAGUUGUUCUCCCAUCCAGAAAACGUUUUGGCGACUGUCCUUCUCUGGCCCCGCCUUUGGAGCCUGCAGAUUGGGUGGCUGCGUGUGACAUCACGACCCUUCGCGUCGGCGGGGACUAGCCAAUCAGGAGCUUGGCGUAUUUUACAAACCGGGGAAGCAGCAGCAGCCGCAGCAGAAGCAAAAGCAGAAACCCAAGAAAUCGGCGAAAAACCCGAGGAAGUAGAGGUGACCCCGAGGGCCUCCUGGAAUGGUGCGGCACGGGGAUCUUAG